UGUUAGCGUCUAUUAGGUUACAAUUACAAUGAUUAGAAUGAAAAUAUUAGUAUAAAAAAUUAUUAUUCUAAUUUAUUUAUUGAAAAAAGUUUUUCAAUUAUAUAUUUAUCUGUUUAAGAGAAAAAUAAUCAUAUAUUUAUAAUUAAAACAAUUUGCGGCAAAACAAGGAAAAUUAAAUUAUUAUAAUGGCGAAAGUAGACGCGGAAAUUAUUGAAUUAAUUUCCGACGAGGAAACAGAGAAUGAUAAGAGAAAUGAUAAAAAACUGAAAACAUGCAAUGUGAAUUGCAUUAAUUUUCAAUGUACUUCUGGAGUUAAUAUGAAAAUAGCUCCAACGUUUGCUUGCACAUUUUAUGGUGUAAAUACAGCUAAAAAGAAAAAGCGUUUAAUUUGUGAAAAAUGUCUCAAUGAUUCUAUAGAACAUCAACAGAUACUUGUUAAUUCUUUUUUGGAUCGAAAACCAUUAUUAAAAUGUGAAUUUCCUGAUCAUACAAUGGAAGUAGAAAUUUCUGAUAGUGAUGAUUCGGAUACUGAGAGCAAAACAGAUGACAAUGAAGAUGAUUUCUUGCCAGAGGAAUUUCUUUUGGAUCUUGAGCAAAAAUUAGACGUAUCAUUGGCUUCAAUUAGUUCGAAAUAUGAUAUUAAAUUUCAAGUUGAACAAGCACAAAAAUGCCUUAGUACACAAUGGGACAAUAUACAGACUGACAAUGAUAAAUUGGACAAUGAUAUAAAAGAUCUAAUGAAUAAACUCGAUAAAUUACGAAAUUCACUAUAUGAAGAAUUUAAACCAACUAUUAAAAUGAUGGAAGAUCUUACAAUUUGUGAUGGUGUACAGGAUAAUAAUCAAUUUCCUCUUGUUGCAACGAAAAAAGUCACACAAAUUCGUAAUACACCAACAGUGUCAGCGCCAUUGGAUAAUCAACCAAUUAUUUUGGAAGAAAUUGAAAGAGAUACAGUUAAGGCUGCUGCCGAUUUACCACCACUUGGUCUUCUUGUUAAACCCGUUCCCGAUGUUGAUACCGCUGUUUUAAUUAUGAAACACGCUUUAAUCCCCUGGUUAAAAGCGAAGGUAAUAACAGUACUUAAUAAAAAUCCAACUCAAUAUAAAGUGAAAUUAAAUGCAAAAAAACAUAAUCAUGCAAUGAAAAUUGUAUCUGGAAAACAAGUUGCAAUUGCACAGCCGAGUCCUGUUAUUAUUCCCGUUUCCACACGUGUCGUUGCACUAUUUCAAGAUGUGAAUUCAAAUAAUUUUUACAGUGGUGUCAUUGCCGAACCACCGAAAUCAACGAAUAAAUAUCGGUACUUGGUAUUUUUUGAUGAUGGUUACGCGCAGUAUGUAAUUCACAAGAAUAUUUGCCUCGUGUCGGAAAGUUCAGCACAAGUUUGGGAGGAUGUGCCAAGUCCAUCGCGUGAUUUUGUGAAAAAAUACAUGGAAUCAUAUCCAGAGAGGCCAAUGGUAAAAUUACAAACUGGUCAAGUGGUGAAAACCGAAUGGAAUGGAAAAUGGUGGAUAGCACGUGUCAUACAAGUCGAUGCAAGUUUAGUUCAAAUGCAUUUUGAUGCUGACAAUCGAACAGAAUGGAUUUAUCGUGGUUCUGCUCGUUUGGGUCCACUUUAUGUUGAAUUACUCAAGGCAAAUGCAAGACAACAGGGAACGCACGCCACGGCAAAUGCUCCGGCGCGUCAUCGACUUCCACUUUCAUCCAAUAAACAAGGAAUGCCAUACGUUGAAUAUACAUCGUCAACUGAUCAAGACGAUUUUCUAAAUCGAAAAACAGAUCAAAAACAAGGGGCUAACGUUUCAAAUGCCAAUCGAUCAAUUGAUAAAAUUAUUCAAGAUACGCCAUUUGUUCAACCGCAACAACAAUCGCGUGCAGUGGCAAAGAAAAGUACAGCGAAAAAGCCAAUUGUUCCUGAACCAACUUAUCAGCCACCAACUGAAACAAAACCAUCACACAGUAUUGUUUAUUAUCAGACACAAAAUCGAACGAGUCCAAAGAGAUAUAUACCACACAAAUGUGCACCAAAAUGCCUCGAGGGUUGUUCAUUUACGCCUGAAGAUUUAAAGGGAUAUUCACCAUUAUCAAUUCCAUUGCUUUGCGGUUGGAAUAGACAAUUAUGUAAAUUUUCUAAAGGUAAAAAAGUCACUGUCUAUCAAUCACCGUGUGGUAAACGUCUACGUAAUAUGGAGGAAUUACAUCAAUAUUUACGUAUCACUUGCAGUCCAAUGUCUGUCGAUUUAUUUGAAUUCGAUCAUUGGGUUCAUUGUCUCGCUGAAUUUGUCCUUGAUAAAUGUUUCGUUAACAUUAAGGAUCUUAGUUAUGGUGCUGAAAAUGUUCCAAUUCCCUGCGUUAAUGAAAUUGAUCACGCUUUACCCGAUACAAUUAGAUACAGUACACAAAGAGAACCAACCGAAGACGUUCAUCUUAAUUUGGAUCCUGAUUUUUUGUGCUGUUGCGAUUGUACCGACGAUUGUCAGGAUAAAGAAAAAUGUCAAUGUUGGCAAUUAACAAAUCGAGGAGCGACUCUUGGAGGAAGAGUUCCAAACACAGCGGUUGGUUAUGUUUACAAACGACUUCCUGAACCAGUGACAACUGGUAUUUAUGAAUGUAAUUCAAGAUGUAAAUGCUCUGUAAAAACGUGUUUAAAUCGCGUUGUUCAACAUCCUUUAACGUUAAAAUUACAAGUAUUUAAAACCGCUCCUCGUGGUUGGGGAAUAAGAUGUCUCAAUGAUAUUCCACAAGGCUCGUUUAUUUGCAUCUAUGCGGGAAGAUUGCUCACUGAACAAGGAGCGAAUGAGGGAGGAAAAAAUUACGGCGAUGAAUAUCUCGCUGAACUCGAUUACGUGGAAGUCGUUGAAGGAAUUAAAGAAGGUUACGAGGCUGAUGUUCUUGAUCCUGAACUUGAAUUAGCUAAUGAUUCGGGCAGAAAGGAUAACAUAAGCGAUGAGGAUGAUACAAGUAAACCUUCUGGUUAUGAGUCUGAUGAAGAUUUUGAUAUCACUAAAUAUCGUGACGAUCCAAAUCUUAGAUUGAAGGACAUUGGAGAAGAUAAUACACCAAUUCGUAAGCGACUGAGGAAACGUAAAAAGGGAGAAAAGCCAAAGGAAGAUGAUGAUGAGAGUGAAAAAAAUAAAUCAAAAUCCAAAUCAUCAUCAAAACCAGAUUUCGAUAAAUCAGAAAGUAGAGAUUCAAAUUACGAUACAAUAACGCUCAGUGAUGAAGAUGAAUCGAAGCGGCGUGAACCGGGUAAACUCGAUUUGACUGUUGAAGCACAAAUCGAUCGGCCAAAUUACAAGUCGGUACGUGACUUUUUUGGCGAAGAUGAGGCCGUUUAUAUCAUGGAUGCCAAAACCACGGGAAAUAUUGGACGUUAUUUGAAUCACUCCUGUGAUCCAAAUGUAUUCGUUCAAAACGUGUUUGUGGAUACUCACGAUGUAAGAUUUCCCUGGGUGGCUUUCUUCGCUCUACAUUACAUAAGAGCUGGUCAGGAAUUAACUUGGAAUUAUAGUUACGAUGUUGGAAGUAUACCAGGCAAAAUGAUUAUCUGUAAAUGUGGAUCUUCAAAUUGCAGAGGUCGACUCUUAUAAAUUUCCUUAAUUAUAAUUAUGCGUUUUUUUUCACAAGAUCUCGGUAACUAUUUAAUCAUUUUUUUUUUUAAAUGUGUACACAUACGUUGUUUAUAGUAAAUAGAAAAAAUGUUUUCACAUUCAAUUAAAAAAAAAACAGUUCUUUUUUCACGAUUAAAAGAAUUUGUUUUUCUUCUGUGUAAAUACUCUUUUAAAUUAUUCAACUAUACGUUUGUAUUUAAUUUUGCGAAACAAUAAAAAUAUUAAAAAGUA